CUCCAUCAAUGCUUACAGAACAUGAACAAUGGAGCACAUCAGCUCAUGAGAAGAUCACAAGAGCUCCAGCAACGUCUACAGAACAUGAACAGGAGAGCACAUUGAUCCAUGAGAUCACAAGACCUCCAUCAAUGCUUACAGAACAUGAACAAUGGAGCACAUCAGCUCAUGAGAAGAUCACAAGAGCUCCAGCAACGUCUACAGAACAUGAACAGGAGAGCACAUUGAUCCAUGAGAUCACAAGACCUCCAUCAAUGCUUACAGAACAUGAACAAUGGAGCACAUCAGCUCAUGAGAAGAUCACAAGAGCUCCAGCAACGUCUACAGAACAUGAACAGGAGAGCACAUUGGCCCAUAAGAAGAUCACGAGAGGCUCAAGUAAGACUACAGAACACCAACUGAAGACUACUGUUGCCACAGAGCCAACCAGAGGAGUCUCAGGAAAGCCUAUAGUACACACAAAGAAGACCACAUCUACCAAAGGGAAGACCACACCAAUUCCAGCAAAGCCUACAGAAAACCCAACAAGAAACACAGCUGAUACAGAGACUAUUAGAUCUCCAGUCAAGGUCACAGGAGACCAGUCUAUCACUACUUCCUCUCCUUAUCCAAAAAGAACUGAGGUUACCCCUCAGCUGCCCAUUGGCUCUUUUACACUUUCCACAUUUAGCAUGGAGUUGAGUUCUGUCAUGUCAGAAGCCCCAGCCAACAAGGGCCAUCCACACCAGAACAAAGAUAGCUCACAAGGAGGUCUCCAUGUUGGAGAGGUGGGGAAGGAUGAUUCAUUCCCUCCAUGGGCCAUAGUUAUUGUGGUCCUGGUGGCUGUGAUUCUCCUGCUGGUGUUCCUUGGCCUGAUCUUCCUGAUCUCCCACAUGAUGCAAACACGACGGGCACUGAUUGACAACACUGAGAACAAUGACCCAGAGGAUGAUGAUGGGGGCCCCAAUUCUUACCCAGUCUACCUGAUGGAGCAGCAGACACUUGGUGUGGGCCAGAUCCCUUCCCCACGAUGAUUUUUCAGAAAGCGCCUGCCCUCAGCUCUUCUGUGCCCUACCCCUUUCCUGGAUGAGGAAUUAGACUCACAAUUCCUAUUUCCUGGACUACAGGAAGGGCAAAGUACUGACAGUUAACAGCAUCAGCCCUUUGUCUGUUGUGUUCUUAUUGAAACUGGUCAAGGGAUGAGGUGAUAGCAAGAAGGAUGUGAGUUUGAGAGAUAGAAAAGAAAGAACCAUAAUACAACAAGUGUUCUCUGUGGAAGACAAUGGUUGGAGAACAAAAAGAUGUAUCUUGGACACUUGGGAUGGGGACCAAUACAGUACAUUGAUGCUGGGAGAGCAAGAACAACUAAUGGAAGUUUGGAAGCCUCUGAGGGCAAUGCCCAGAUCUGGCUUGUGAGGUGGGCUUAUGAGAAGGGGGAGACUGAGGCCAAUCUAUAUUAUUUCCAUCUACUGUUAUUUAGAGAGUGUAUAAAGAGGCCGGUCUCUGAAUUCCCAGCAUGGUGGUGGUGGUAGUGUUGUUGUUCUUUUUCUUCUUCUUCCCCUUCCUCCUCCUCCUCUCCUCCUCCUCUUUUUUCUCUUUCUCCUUCUCUUCCUCCUUCUAAUGUAAAAAUUGGAUCUUAGAAGGAAAACAAGAUUUAUUUCUUUCUCCAUCCUCUCCAUUCCCAGCAGAAACAAAAAUUCCAGAAAAGAUCAUAAAUAUCUCUCAUUGAGAUGGUUCUUUCCUCCUCCUCUCAAACCCCGUAGUUUUUCUAAAUGUGUAUGAUGGGCAUCCUGCAGGGUUGGCUUGCUGGGUGUGGGUGAACACACAAAGAGGGAUUUUGUUUGGCCUGCAGUCUCAUCCAUUGAUACCCAUCCCAGACCUUCCCUGAUGGUGUUCUCCACUCAGGAUUUUAUUUUUCUGCCUCUUCCACCGAAGUCACUUGCCAGUCUUCCCUACUACCCCAUCCUCUUUCUUCACACCUUCAUCCCAGAUUCCAAAUCCCCCCUUAGUAAGCAUUUCACCUAUAUGUUCUCUAGAUUUUUUUCUCCAACUUAUUAAAGCCCUUUUUACCUACUAUUGAUUGAACAGAGAUGGAAAGGGAGAGUUGACAGAUGACAGAUAACUUCCUUGUAGCUAUCAGUCUUUUUAUAAUAAAGUAUAAAGUAUUUACAAAGUAAGGACAUCACAGUUAUUGGACUAUCAGCUGGAAGAAAGUCCUAACUGGUGUUCCUAGCCCUGGCUGUAAGUUUGCAGAUGACCUUGAGCAGGACUGGCUAGAGGACAGGAAUUAAUAUCUUUGGAGGGUCAAGCAAGAGGAGGAUGAAUCUCUAUUGCUCCUAAAAUGGUUCACUUC